UGACUUAUAUAUGCGACUGCCUCACGGAGGUGUCCCCGUUACACCCGCCAGACACCGCCAACCCUCCGUUAGCUACGCUCGCAUACUCCCACGGACCACAGGUGAAGCUUGAAUCUCGAACACUCUGCGGAAGCCUUUUCAUUAGACCCCCUCUUCUCACCCCCACAUAUUGUUCACAUGCUCCGUUCUAUCAGAUUAACUCGCGUGCUGGCAAGUGCCCUUCCCGCGGCUAAGCACAUUCUUCCCUCGGCUCGGCUGGCAGCCCGCCCCGCGGCGCCAUCCCUCGUUUUCCCCGCGGCUCGUCGGCUCUAUCACAAAAACGUCAUGGACCACUACAACAACCCGCGGAAUGUCGGCACGCUCCCCCAGAGCGACCCGAACGUCGGCAUCGGCCUCGUCGGUGCCCCUGCGUGCGGUGACGUCAUGCGACUUGCCAUUCGCGUGGACGAGAAUGGCGUCAUCGAAGACGUAAAGUUUAAGACAUUCGGCUGUGGCAGCGCAAUUGCCUCGUCGUCCUACGUCACCACCCUGGUGAAGGGCAUGACGUUGGAGGAAGCCUCGAAGAUCAAGAAUGUGGAGAUUGCACGUGAGCUGUGUCUGCCGCCCGUCAAGUUGCACUGCUCGAUGCUUGCCGAGGAUGCUGUCAAGAGUGCUGUCAAAAACUACCAGGCCAAGCGUCUUGCGCGGCAGAACACGGCACCGGCUGCAAGCACCGCUUCUGCUGCUCCUGCUGCGGCUGCCCACUGAGCCAGAGGGCGGACGCAAUCGCACUGAGAGGGCAGCUUGAGCAAGAUGUACACACGGUGCACGCACAGUGCACGGUGUCUGUGAUUGUUUCUGUUUUUUCAGUAAGUUCGUUUUGGGUGUUUGUCGCUGGCACUGGCAACCAUCAGCGACAGCACUCUUGUGAUGUCGACGUGAUGAAAAUGUUUUGGCCGAGAGGUCUGCCAACGUUUCUGCCCAUGCGUUGGUUUUGUUUCUUGUUUAAUAAAUAUUGGGUUUCGGGUUAA